AUGUCCCUUAGGUUCUUCCGUAGUCCUGCGGGAACGCUCCAGUAUAUAGGCUAUAAGAUGGUGGAAAUCCGCCACGCGGAAUUCCUGCUUCUUACAGCUUUUUGUCUAUUAAAUAUUUACAUUGUGAUCGUUUAUUGGAAAUUUUCGUUAAGUCUAGUUCUAUUGUAUAUAGGAUUUCGGCUGACCAGACAGAAAAAGAGACUGACCAUUGCUGGGAAAGCGGUUCUUAUAACAGGAUGUGACACAGGAUUUGGUCAUCAUAUUGCCAAGCGCUUAAGUGACAGUGGGUUUGAAGUAUACGCAGGAGUGCUGAAUGAAAACAGCGAUGGAGCCGAGACUUUACGUUCUCGUAAAUCAACUAAUCUACAUGUGAUCAAACUCGACGUGACAAAAGAGGAAGAUGUUGAAGUAGUAUCAGAAUAUGUGAAGCGUAACAAAGGAGAUCUUUGGGCGGUGGUGAACAAUGCGGGAGUUAAUCUACCAGGAGACGUGGAACUGGCGACGGUCGAACAGUAUAGGAAAUGUGCCGAAAUUAACCUGUAUGGAGCAAUACGCAUAAUUAAGGCAUUCCUACCAUUUAUCCGCAAAUCGAAAGGACGAAUCAUCAAUGUUUCGAGUGUAAGGGGACGAUUUUCCUGGCCGAGUGAUUCGCUGUAUCAUGUGACUAAACAUGGUUUAGAGACAUUGAGUGACUCACUGAGAAUGGAGAUGAAGAAGUUUGGAGUGAAGGUGGUGAUUGUCGAGCCAGGAGACUUUGGCAAUGCGACGUCUAUCAGCAGUCCAGAUAUGAUGGAAAGAAUCCGGAAGGAGACAGACCACAUGUGGGAACACGCCUCAGAUAACGUUAAAAUGACAUAUGAACGUGAUUACCUCUACCGAAAUCUGAAGCGAACAUAUGAGAACCAGGGCACGCAAUCUAUGGACCCGCUUACUGACGCCGUAGAGGACGGCAUCAUCAACGUAAACCCAGACAUCAGAUACCUGGUGCCAGGAUAUUUUCUCGACCAAUACGCUAUGCUUGCACGUGUCUAUAGCUUCCUACCCACCUGGUUAUCGGACAUCAUAUUGGACAAAAUGACAGGAUAUUCAUCUUUUCCCGCACAGUGCUGA